AUGGACGUUGUCAAAGAUUACAUCGAUUGUAUCAAUGUUCAUUGGCUCGUCGUGGUGACGACAGGGAUGUACAUGCACUUACGACAAAUUUGUAUAAUUGGAUUGUGCCUCGAAGAGAGGCAAUUCGACGAAGAGGGAAGUUUACCGUUCGAUCCUUCCUACGCAUCCCUCAUUUUUAUGUUUUCUUUGUUGUGUCUACUCGCCGAGUACAGGCUCUGGCCGAGCUCUCUCAAGGAACCACCGACGCAACUAUUGUACAUUUACGAUGUUCUCGUCUCAGCACUUGCAACGAAUUUGGGAAACCAUGGAAUUUGGAUACCGAUCAUGAAUGGAGUUUAUUGUCUCACCCAACAAUCGAGUAACUGGAUUCUGUGGCUGAACGCUACGUUGGGCCUCGACAGUUACUCUCCCCUCACAACGUUUGCCUCGUACAUGGCGACCGAAGAUGCUGCAGUUCACACCGCAUUUUGUCUCUCCAUACUUUCCUUCGUUUGGAUGUUGGAUGCCACAGAAUCUUUGGACGCUAUUUUGGAGGCUUGGACCGCGGAUUGAAAUAAAUGAUAAUUCAAAACUUUUUUCAUACUGUCAUGUGUUUUAAUUGUCGUCUCGAAUUUCUGAAUCGAAGAUAUUUAAUAAAAAUUUGUAUUUCAUAUUGACCAAUUGCGUUUCAAACAUUGUCUUGACAAAAAUCGAU